UCUUGGACUCAAACUUGUUGGACAGCUCUUCCGCCUUCUCGCUGGACGACACGAUAUUCUGAACAGGCUACACCAUCUGCGCGCCGCUUGAUCUCAUGUCCAGGCGAAGCUAUGCUGGCUCUAUGCACGAGAGACGGGCUUCCCGGUUUCGGGUGUCGGAUGAGGAGCUCAUGAACUUUGUGCUGAGGGUAGCUCUACUGAGCUACGCGAUGCAACCUAAACCUGCUGAGUCAACUCCUGCAGAACCUGAGCGCGAACGGGAGAGAGAUUACUCCGCAAGGAUACACGGCGCGCUCUCAAACUCGAUCUUCUCGAUAGGCGACCUCUUCCGCGAUGGCCAGAAGGGCGUGCGCUUCCCGAAGGACCUGAUCAAGGUGUUAGAGCAGAAGUUGCAGGACAUCGCUAUGGGCAGGGAUCCUGCCUUUUCCGACCAGCUCAUCCGGCGCACCAUGGCCGUCUUCUACGGACAAGUCAAGGACGAGACGUUCCGGAGACAGAUGAAGGAGAACCGGAAGAUCGAGGAACUUAUAUUGAUGUUCGCGACCAACGCAACCAACGUUCUCAAGAAGGAGCCGACGCUACAAGGAGACGGGUGGAAGGUUGAGCUGAACAACCACAUCGCGCAGUUCGUCCGCCUUCUCCGCGACUGUCUUCGCCACAUCAGCCACGUCUCGCCCGAGCUCACUGCCCGCCUGGAGAUGUACAUUACGAAACUUGCACCUGCCCAGCCGGCAUACUCGGAUUCCGGGUAUGAUUCUCCAUCGACUUCGAACAGGGACUCUGUCGGAUCCUCGAAGCGGGCCAGUAUGCAGGCCAGUGAUAUGCCGCUGGUCCUGACCGCUGCGCGGUUAUUCAAGCUGCCUGUGAAUGUUGUACAAAAGGAGAUCGAGGACAUGGCCUCAUAUUGUACAGACAAGGCUGCGUUGAACGAUCUCAAGACCUGCCUCAAGAACAUCAACGCCGGCGCACCCUUCCCCUUCCGCCGAGAGGACUUUGACAGCGAAGCCGCGUGGCAGUACUGGCGAGCCCUCGAAACGUCGCAUCUCUCGCAACUCAUGGUCGCAAUGGUCUCCUUCAAACCGGAACUCGCCAAAUCAACACCCUCCGACGCCCAGUCGCCCACCCUGGCCAACGGCGCUCGUCCCGGGUCCUUGUACACCUCCGGUCGACCAGAGUCCGUAUAUUCUACCUCGGCAACACAGCGACAUGCAUCUAUCAGCAGCCGCCACUCCGUUGCCUCUCUCGGACCGAGUACUGCCGAUGACAUGUUCGAAGGAGAUGAUGACAUCCAGGUCGGCUUCCACUUCACGUUUAUACCCCCUAACCCGCGGAAGUACUACAAGCGUCUCCUGGAGUACUGCAUUACCGCCGACCUCGAGGCUAUGUUGAGUCCUGCGGUGGGCGAUGACGAUGAGGUCUCACUCGGGAUCCUGUCGGCGUCGCAUAUCGAGCUCAUCAACGAGUGUGCGCUACGCUGGCGAAUAGGACAGCCGUACCGCGUCGCGUGCUUCCUGGAUAUCGUGCGCCAGUUCUACGAGCGUAACGAAGUGCCAUUGGAAUGCGUUCCAGAGGCGCUUGCGAACAUCACUCGUGUGACAACCGAGAUCGAGUUGGAGAAGUGGCCCACACAAGACGUCGACUACCUCGCGCAAAUCUAUGGCGGUCUCUUCAGCACCUUCCUCUCGCAGCUAUACCAUUCUCUCGACGGCAUCCCACAUCUCAAGCAGUCCGACGUCGCGCCGUACUUGUCCGUUCUGGAGACAGUUCGGGAAAGCGGGCUAUUGGAGCGAUACGAUGUCGAUGUAUCCGCACGACUGCAGGACAUCCAAGUUCAGGUACGGGACGUGUCUGCACGAUUCUACGGGCAGAAGAUGCAAGAGCUGCAAGCGGCACCGGGGGUCAAUCGUGCGCUGCCGAUGCUCCUCAUGACCGACGAGAUCGAGAAGAACGCGAAGUUGCUCGACAAGCGCUUCCCAGAGCCUAUUCUUGGCCACCUUGACAUCGUCUCGCUGAUGCUGGAGGUGCAAAUACCACAUUUCCUCAUGGACUUGGACGACUCGAAGAAGCGACUAUUCGAGGACUCGAUGAACGGGCCGACACCAGACGUUCCGAUUCAGGACGUGUUUGCGCUCUACCGCCGGACAAAGACCCUCCUUGGGAUGUACAAGGCAUUCUGUCCAAAUGGGGAGAUCCAGUUCGACCUCGGUGGAUUCUUCGAGCCGUACGUGCGGCAGUGGCUGGUGAACACCGACAACAAGACGACGCAGUGGGUACAGGCGGCGAUCGCAGCCGACAAAUUCCAAGCAGAAGGCGAGGAAGGCCACAGCUCGUCAAUCGUCGACCUGUUCGACUCGCUACGUAGUCCAAUCCAGUUCUUGCAGGACUUGGAGUGGAUCGACGAGUACCAAGAGGCGCGGUUCUUCACGAGUCUGUCCAAGACCAUCAGUAAAGCCCUCAAUCAAUACUGCACCACCAUCGAGGAGCUCUUCAUGACGGAGAUGUUCCCGCGCCCCACGGAGUACAUCCAGCCGCAGAAGUCGUCCGCAUGGCUCGAGAAGGCGAAGUCGCUCACGGACCGGAGCGAGAAGAAAAUCGAGGCCUUCACGUUCCAGCCCGAGUCGUGCGUGAAGCUGAACAAUAUCGAGGCCGCGCGUCGCCUACUCGACAACAUGUACGCGCAGAUGGAGGCGGACAAGAAGAUGGACGUGCUGGAGCAGAGCGCGCCUCCCGUCCCGGAGAAGGUUGACCGCGGCGACCGCUUCCUCUUCACCGUCAAGGUCGCAAUCGCGGAGGGGCUCGUACCGCUGGACAGCAGCCCGUCGUCGAAGUUGGAUACGUUCGUGACGCUCAGCGAUGAGCAGGGCAACCGGCUAGCGAAGACGCGGACGAUCUACGAGACGCUCAACCCUCGAUGGGACGAGUCGUUCGAUCUCUCGGUCGAAAAGCCUUUGUGGAUCAUGAUCAGCGUGCGCGAUCGCGCAUUGGUGGGCAAGCACGACACAGUGGGUCGUGCCUACCUCUGCCUGGACCCGAAGCGGUUCGGCGACUUCCUGACGCACGACCUGUGGAUGGACAUGGAUACCCAGGGUCGCAUCUUGCUCCGUGUCAGUAUGGAGGGCGAGAAGGACGACCUGCAGUUCUACUUCGGACGUGCGUUCCGUUCGCUGAAGCGCGCCGAGAACGACAUGGUUCGGGUGUUCAUUGACAAGAUGUCGCCAUACAUCCGGCAAUGCUUAUCAAGAAUUGUGCUGAAGACGCUGAUCAAGUCGACGCAGACUGGCGGGAGCAUCGACUACAACAAGGCACUCGGCAACGUGACCGCGCUCUUCGGGUCUCUCGGGACCAAGGACGACGUGCAGAUCCCGCUGCCGCAGGCGGAGAAGCCACGCAUCAGGCCCGAGGCGCUGACGGACGUCGAGAUCGAGCAGGCGAUCGUGCCGCUCUUCGACUUCUUCGACGCGAACCUGUCGACGCUCAACACAUACCUGAGCGAGGCGACGAAGGACAUGGUCAUGUCGCGCGUGUGGAAGGAGAUCCUGAACGUCAUUGAGGGCCUGCUCAUCCCGCCACUGUCGGACGUGCAGAGCGAGAUGAAGCCCUUGAGCGACAAAGAGGUCGACAUCGUCUUCAAGUGGCUGAGGUUUUUGCGGGACUACUUCCACGCUGGUGGUGAGGGCCCAAUAUCUCUGGAGGCACUCCAGAACCAGAAGUAUCGUGACGUGCUGUCUAUUCGACUUUACUACGACUGGCAUACCGAUGCACUCAUGGAGGAGUGCGUGCGUAUGAUGCAACACAGUUUACGUGCGUCACCCUCGGUCAAGAAACGUGCCAAGAGCGUGUAUCAGCAGCGCAACCUCGGCACGAUCAAGAACCGCAAGAAGGAGAAGGCGCAGGAGAAGGAAAAGGAGGUCAGCAACGGGGAGACCAUCCUGAGAAUCCUCCGCAUGCGACCAAACACCUCGGACUUCAUCGCGCAACAGCUGCAGGCGCUGAACAGCCUCGCGGCGGAGCGAGACGCGCACGCGAAGGAGGUCGAGAAGCGGAAGCUGCAGCGGCCGCGCCAACAACCGCAGGUGCCCCCCGUGCCCUCCAUACCACCCGUGCCGGGACUGCCGCCCAAGUCCUCGUAGGCGCCAUCUCUUUCGUGUUUAUGAGUGUCUCUUUGUCGGGCAGAUCCUUUGGCUUCCUGGGAUGGAUACCACGCAUACUAUACCUCUUGCCCACCUAGCUGCGCAGCUGACUCUCUUGCCCGUCUAUGUUCCUUUUUCCUUAUUACUGUGUUCGCUGCUUUGCCAUGCAACUCACGUCUCCCUUGUAUACUCGCUAAUCUCCGAACAGUUGAGCCCCGGAAUGCACUUACG